AUGAAAUCAUUCCUUCGUUUGUUUUUGUCAUUAGGGUUAUUAGCUACUAUUGCUAGUGCCAUUGCUGCUCCAAAAGCUGAAGCUAUUCCAUGGGCCAGUGCUAACCCUCACGCUGCUGCUGCUGCUAAUGCUUUUGCUGAUGCUUAUGCUGAAGCCAUUGCUUUAGCCCAUCCAGAUCCUGAAGCCUAUGCCUAUGCUGCUAGUGCUGAUGAUUGUGCCACUAUUGGUUGUCAUGCUUCUUGUGGUUUAUUAAUUGUUGCUGGUCAAGAAUGUUCUAAGAAUACUGAAAAUACUUUCCAAGGUCCUUAUAAUACCACUUGUUUAUGUUCUGCUGGAUCUCAAUUCAACCAAUACUAUGCUCCAUGUAUGAAUUGUGGUUGGACUUUAUGGAAAUAUUAUGGUGGCUACGUCAGUUCUGCUUUAGCUGCUUGUGAAACUUUAUCAACUGAACCAACCGGUACUUUAAGAUGCUCUACUACUUUAACUGAUUCAUAUACCAUUGAUACUAGUAUGAGAGCUUGUGAAUACACUGGUGGUUGUCCAACAACUACUUCUACCACUUCAUCAAGUUCUACUUCUACAUCAUCAUCUUCAAGUGUUGCUUCUUCUACGUUAUCAUCAUCUUCAUCAUCAUCAAUACCAAGCUCAACAAGUGCUGCUUCCACAUCAAGUUCUACAAGUGCUGCCGUCACUUCUAGCUCAAGCUCAUCAACAACCUCUGUUUAUGUUGGUAUCACCAAUACUGUUGAAACUGAUUUAGUCUUCACUCAUACCUAUGUCCCAGGUGGUUCUUUAGAAGAUUGUUUCACCACAACUAAACAAUUCCCAGUUGCCACUAACAAUCCAAUCGAUCACACCGUUGAAUCAUGGACUGAAAGAGAAGCUCUAGAAGAUGGUACUUACAAAUUCAAUGAAUACAUUGUAUUCAAAUUCAAUGAAGAUCAAGAAGAUAUUACUGAUAUUAAAGUCUUAACUGACUCAACUUACACACUUGCACCAUUAUUACCAGUCUCAGAAUACUGGAUCAAUUUGAAGCAAGGUUUCUUUGGUCAUUUUAUCUCAAGAUCUACAAAUUUGCCAGCUUACAGUAUUGCUCUUGUUAUCACUAAAGGUGAUAAAAAAUUGUUAUAUACAUAUACUUGUGACAAUAGAUUUGCUGUUAGAUAUAUGGAACUUGAUCUUGGUGAUUAUGAUUCAUGUCAAGCUUGGGGUACAAUUGGUUACUGGGGUAGCCCAGAUCUCUACUGUAAGCAAAGAAGUGAAGCUGCUACUACUACUAUUGAUUUCAGACCUAAAGCUUCAUCUUCAGCUGCUUCAUCCUCUUCAGUUAUAUCAUCAGAAUCAUCAGCUGUUUUAUCUUCAUCCUCUGUUGCUUCAUCUUCUGCUAUUGCUUCAUCAUCAGAAUCAUCAGCUAUCUCAUCAGAAUCAUCAGUUUCCUCUUUUGAAUCAUCAGUCGUCUCAUCAGAUUCAUCAGCUAUCUCUUCAGAAUCAUCAGUUGUCUCUUCAGAUUCAUCAUCAAUUUCUUCAUCAGAAUCAUCAGCUGUGUCAUCAAGUGCUCCAAUUGGUUCAGCCAUUUCCUCAGAUGGUUCUUCAGAAUCUUCAGCCAUUUCCUCAAAUGCUUCUUCAGAAUCUUCAGCCGCUUCUUCAGUUGCUUCAGCUAUCUCUUCAGAAUCUUCAGCUGUUUCAUCAGAAUCUUCAGUUGCCUCAUCAGCUGCUUCAUCCUCAGAAAUUUCAUCAGUUGCUUCAUCAGCCUCAUCAUCAGUUUCAGCAUCAGCUUCAUCUACUGAUGAACUUUCAUUAGAUGGUGAACUUGUCAACAAUAACCCAGAAUGGACUUUAAGAAUCCCUUCAGCUUAUGCUCCAUGGACUUCAAUUUCUAUUGAAGCUUCUCGUGGUAGUGUUAACUUUAAAUAUGACUCAGCUGUUAUUACUGUUAAUGGUGAAUCACAAUCUGUUACACCGGAAGUUUUAGAAGAAUCAAUUACAAUUAAUAUUGAUUUUACUAUUAAUGAUGGUCAAGUCUUAGAAGUUGUUUUCGGUGGUACAAGAGAUACUAGUGGUCCAUUAACUGCUAAUGUUGAUUUAGUCAUUACUACUGCUGAUGGUAAAAGAUUUGCUAAGAGAGCUACUCAAACUUUCAACUUGAGUAAUACUAUUGAAGAGCCAACUGUUGGUACUUCAUCUGGUGUUUCUUCUGCUGCUUCAUCGGUUGCUUCAAGUGUUUCAUCAGUUGCUUCAUCUGUUUCCUCUGCUGCUUCAAGUGCUUCAUCCGCUAUCUCUUCAGCUUCAGAUGCUUCAGAUUCUUCAGCUGCCUCAAGUGCUUCAUCUGAUUUAUCAUCAGCUUCAUCAGCUAUCUCUUCAGCUUCAAGUGCUGCCUCAUCAAUUUCAUCUGAUGUUGCUCCACAAUCAACCUCAACUACUGCUGUUUACCAAAACUCCACCACUUUAGUUACUGUUACUUCAUGUGAUGAAGAUAAAUGUUCAGAAGUUCCAUCAACUGCUUUAAUUUCAAUUGCUACUACUACCAUCAAUGGUGUUGUUACUUCAUACACAACUUAUUGUCCAUUAACUACCACUUCAGCUCCUGUUCCAGCUCCAACUACUGUUACUGAAGAACAAGAUUCUACUAAAACUACUUUAGUCACUGUUACUUCUUGUCAUGAAGAUAAAUGUUCAGAAGUUGUUUCAACUGCUCAAGUUUCAAUAGCUACUACUACUGUUAAUGGUAUUGUUACAUCAUAUACUACUUAUUGUCCAUUAACUACUGAAACUGGUGUUAAAACUAGUACUCAAACUAAAGAUGAAUUGAGAACUGUUACUGAAAACUCCACUAAAGUCAUCACAGUCACUUCAUGUCAUGAAGAUAAAUGUUCAACUUUUGAAUCAACUACUGAAGUUCCAGUUACUACUCAUGUUGUUAAUCCAUCAGGUUCAAACCCAGCUCCAUCUGAUGUUACUUCAUACAUCAAUCAAGUUUCAACUUCUUAUUACACAAAUGUUGAAAAAGGUACCACUGUUACUUCACAAACUGUUGAAACUAAUGUUGGUCCAGCUCCAUCUCAAGUUGGUUCAACUUCAAGAACAGGCGGUGCUUCCACUGCUGCUUCAACUGAUGUUUCAACUCCAGUUGUUCAACAACAAACUGAAGGUUCAAGUACAACAGGUACUGCUACUACAGCUCAAAUUUCCACAUUUGAAGGUUCAGCAUCAAGAUUAUUAAGCUCAAGUAUUUUUGGUUUAAUCUUUAUGUUAUUCAUUUAA